AUGGGGAUUGAAUUGCUUUGCCUCUGUUUCCUAUUUCUGCAAAGAAAUAACUAUGUGCAAGGGACCUGUUCUCAGGAAAGCACAGUGACUUGUGAAGAUUGUUUGCUUUCUGGACCACACUGCGCUUGGUGUUUGCAAGAGAAUUACACAGACUCAUUUGGAAUUCACGGGAGGUGUGAUACCCUGGAAAAUCUUUUGUCCAAAGGAUGCCAGCUGAAUUUGAUUGAGUUUCCCAUUUCAGAAGUAGAAAUUCACAGGAAUGAUCCCCUAACUGCAUCAUCCCAGAAGAACAGUUCUGACGUCACACAGAUUUCUCCCCAGAAAUUAACUCUGAGGCUGCGACCAGGACAUGAGGAAACAAUACAGAUCAAGGUUCGCCAGACUGAAGAUUAUCCAAUUGAUCUCUACUACCUCAUGGAUCUUUCAGCCUCCAUGGAUGAUGAUCUGAACACAAUCAAAGAACUGGGUUCAACUCUUUCCAAAGAGAUGUCAAAACUGACAAGCAACUUUAGACUCGGGUUUGGAUCUUUUGUUGAAAAACCAGUUUCACCAUUUAUCAAAACUACAGCUGCAGAAAUAAACAACCCUUGCAGAACUGUACCCUAUGAGUGCUUACCCACCUUUGGAUAUAAAAAUGUUUUGCCACUAACAAAUGAUGCUGAAAAAUUCAACAAAAUUGUGAAAGGACAGCGAAUUUCUGCUAAUAUAGACACUCCAGAGGGAGGAUUUGAUGCAAUUAUGCAGGCAGCUGUUUGCAAGGAAAAAAUUGGCUGGAGGAAUGAUUCCCUACAUUUGCUGGUGUUUGUGAGUGAUGCUGAUUCCCAUUUUGGGAUGGACAGUAAACUGGCAGGGAUUGUUAUUCCUAAUGAUGGGAACUGUCAUUUGGACCACAAUAAUGAAUAUUCCAUGUCAACUGUUCAGGAGUAUCCAACAAUUGGACAAUUAAUUGACAAACUUGUGCAAAACAAUGUUCUAUUAAUUUUUGCUGUAACAAAUGAGCAAGUUCACAUAUAUGAGAAUUAUGCAAAGCUUAUUCCUGGAGCUACUGUUGGACGACUACAGAAGGAUUCUGGAAAUAUUCUCCAGCUGAUCAUUUCUGCAUAUCAGGAGCUGAGGUCUGAGGUUGAAUUGGAGAUCCUGGGAGAGACGGAAGGGCUCAAUCUCUCCUUCACGGCCAUCUGUAACAAUGGGACCUUUUUUCCACAUCAGAGGAAAUGCUCUCAUGUGAAAGUGGGAAAUACAGUCUCUUUCAAUGUGACUGUUAGUCUCUCUUCGUGUGAAAAAACCAGAAGGCUUAUCAAGAUAAAACCUGUGGGCCUCAGCGACGUGCUGGAGAUGGAAAUUCAUCCCCUCUGCAGCUGCGAGUGUCAGGCCAAGGCUGAGAAGCAGAGCCCGAAGUGCAGCCAAGGGAAAGGCUCCCUGGAGUGCGGGGUGUGCGUGUGCAGCCCUGGCUACGUGGGGCCGCGCUGCGAGUGCCACGAGAGCUCACUCGGUGCCAGCUCCUGCCGGGGCCCGGCCGAGCAGAGCUCCUGCAGCGGCAGAGGCGACUGCUACUGCGGGCAGUGCCUGUGCCACCCGUCCCCGUACGGAAAGGUCUACGGGCCCCACUGCGAGUGCAAUGACUUCUCGUGCGUCCGGCACCGCGGCCUGCAGUGCGCAGGCAAUGGUGACUGUGACUGUGGGGAAUGCAGGUGCCACAGUGGAUGGACUGGUGAAUACUGUAAUUGCACAACUGAUACCAGCACCUGCAUUGCUGAGGAUGGGACACUGUGCAGUGGGAGAGGUGAAUGCAUCUGUGGGACGUGUGCUUGCACCCAUCCAGCGGCUUCAGGCCAAACGUGUGAAAAAUGCCCCCUCUGCGGUGACCCCUGCAGUUCCAGAUGGAGCUGUGUGGAAUGUCACUUGGCUGCUGAUGACAAGUCACUGGGAGAUUGCAGUGAAAAAUGCAAAUUGGUUGAUGCAACUGUCAGCAUGCAAAAGGAUUAUUCAAAGGAUAAAUCCAUUUCCUGCUCUUUGCAGGGGGAAAAUGAGUGUAUAACCACAUUUCUACUGGCUGUGGAUGAACAGGGAAGGACAGUCAUUCACAACAUAGAACAGAAAGAUUGUGCACAGCAUCCAAAUAUCCCAAUGAUAGUGGUGGGUGUCACCCUUGCUAUCCUUCUCAUUGGCAUUGUUUUACUUUGCAUAUGGAAAUUACUGGUGUCACUUCAAGACCGAAAAGAGGUGGCCAAGUUUGAAGCAGAAAAAUCAAAAGUUAAAUGGCAAACGGAAACAAAUCCACUGUACAGAGGCUCAACAACCACUUUUAAAAAUGUCACUUACAAGAACCAAGAUAUGCAUAAAAGACCCAUGGCUGCAGGCUUCUAUUAGCACCUCCAACACUACAAACUUAAGUUUUACUGGCAGGAAAUCUAAAUCUAAACUUGUUUCUUUUCAGCUGAUUAUGUGAUAUUUGUUUACAAGUUGCAGUGGUAUAACCAUUCUGUUAGAGAAUAUAUAUCUUGUGUUGGGACAAAUAAAGAUAACAUAUUAGUAGUAAGGGUUAGUAGAAGUAUUUUUUUUAAUGACCCUUUAUUGUUACAGCCCCAUCUUUAAAAAUGGCAUAAAAAUAAUUUUAAUUUUGUCUUUAAUAUUGAGGAUUCUAAAUUAUCAUCUAAGCUUAUUUUUUGUUAAAUUAGAUAUAUACAGUGAACUUCAUAAUUCUUUGUUCAUACACACAAUCUCAUAAAUUAGUGUUUAGGAAUGUAUUUGCACCUGUCUUUGUGGGUGCAAAAAUUUUGUGGGCUGAUUUAAAUUUAGAAAACAUUUUGGUUUUUUUCAUGAAUGCUGUUUAAACUACUGAGGAUUGAGCUUUCUCAUUUCACCUGUGUGACUGAAUAGUUUCUCACUGGAAAAAAAAAGUAGUGAUAUUGCCUGUCUUCUGUAAAUGUAAGUUACACAGAAACAUUUCUUCUCUAAUUCUUCUUUCUUGUCCUAUUUCUCUCUUUCUCUUCCUUGUUGCUCUUUGAUGUUCUUUAAGGACCUAGGCCCUGGGAUUAUCUCAGAGAAAGUUAAAUCAAGCCAAUCAAGUCUUAUUCACCUGCAGUUGUUUUCUGCUCCAGACACAGACUGCUUUUUUUCUAUUUAUUUAAAUCUAGUAAAAAGGAUACAGAGAAAAAGGUAAAUAUUUGUAAAUUAGAGACCCAGUAGACACACUUUUAAACCAGAGGAUUAGCAGAACUCCAUUUCACCAUUUACAUCCUGUAAAUUAUUUGGGUGCUCACAAUACACCUCACAUGCUGGGCCCUCACACAAAGUGGCUUAGGAGCCCUUUUCAUGCAGAAAUGUUCACACAAAAGGUUUAUUACCACACACAAAGACAGUACUUUUUUGUUGAUAUGUCCAUAGUUGUGAGGUUCUUUCAAUGCCCAACAGCCAAACUGCUUAUUCUUGUGCAUAAUAACAUAUUCAGUACUUUUGGGCUGAGUUGUUUGGUUUUAGAUUUGGCUUGGGUUUUUUUCCCUCAAACUAAACAACAAAAACAUCUAUGGAUUUCUCUUAAUAUUCAUUUCCAUUAUGUUAAUGAGGAAUUUUAAAUCUCCAUUUUAGCUAAUAACAAAUGAAUUGCAAUUUUUAAUUGUUAUCUGUUAGCAUGCAUGGCACUGGAUAAAGAAAGUAGAAAAGCAACUAACAUGCUGGCUAAGAAAAAUUACAACAUUGGAGUACUUUAACAAUAAUGAACUUUAUUUUUUAAUAUCACUUUUCAGGUGCAUUUUUUUUUUUGCUACUCUGAAACAGAUGGUCAAAAAUGUGCAUAUGAAGGUACUUAGAAAUUAAGACUUAGAAAUCAAAGGUACUUUGGCACUGUUAUAAAUGAUCACAUACAUUCCCUAAGGUAAAUAGGGAGUUUGAUCUGAAAAAGUAUUGAUCUGAAUGUAUUUGAUCUGAAAAAGUUGAUGUCCAUUUUGUUAUAAAUAUUUACCAAAUCUGUGCAACUUCAGUCUCCAUAUCCUUCACAAUUUCUGGAAUUGAGACUGGUAUAUUAGCUAGCUCUGACCCAUGCCUGUUUUAGGGCCUGAUCCAAAGCCUACUGGAGUCAAUGGCUACAGAUGUGGAUCUAGUUUCAGUGAAACUAUUAGUUUUGGUUUACAAAGAUUGU